UAUGGUGAAAGUAAAUCAAGAUACUAUACCGUUGAUUAAUGAAUUACAACGAGUAAAUGAAGAAAAGAAUAAAACUGAAAUUCAAUUAAAAGAAGCAAAAGAAUAUCAGAAUCGUUAUGAAAA